CGAGUCGAGUGUAGGUAGUACACCGAAGGGAGGCUGUUGGGGAGCUCCGCGACUUCCGAUAUCGAUCAUUCGAUCAUUCGACCUCUCACCUCCCACCUCUUACCUCCGCACGUGCCUGGGAGAAGAUUGACAACAACCGAAGGAAUCAGCACCAUCAAGCAACUAGACUAGAGCAGCUACUCUAUUACUUUGUGAUAAAAGUCUGAAGGGACACCCAGUCUUCGAUCUUCAAUUUCCGGUAGAUUUAUCCACACUCUUAAAGCCCAGAGCACUCCCAACCACUCAAGGUCCUCUCUCGGAUAUGAGAACAUACCAAGAACAAAUUCACGAAAUAAUUGAAAGAUAGUUCCUUUUUGACAGGCGAUUUUCGCGAGACAUUCAAGGCCUGCCAAUCAGGCGUUGCUCACCAAUUACUCAUCACGAUGCCAGAGAUCAUCCUCUCCAUCAACGCAGGCUCCUCCAGCGUCAAGAUCUCCGUGUACAAGACUCCCGAAGAUAGUUCACCUGUACCGACUCUGCUUGCUGAAGCGACAGUAGAGGGCUUAACCGCACUCCCGGCACGCCUCAAGUAUGAACGAGGUGACGAGAAAAUCAAGGGCAAAGAGCUGGAACAUGUCAAAUCACAGGAAGAUGGGUUCCGCUACAUCUUGAACCACUUGACCAACGACAAGGGCCUUCCCGAGCUUGAGCAGAAAGAAGACAUCCACUUCACGUGCCAUCGCGUGGUGCACGGCGGGGACUACCCUCGUAGCCAGGUCAUCGACCAGGAAACUUAUCAUCACAUUGAAGAGCUCAGCGAUCUUGCACCGCUGCACAAUGCGCCAGCGCUCAGCAUCGUGCGAGCCGUAACAGAUAUUCUCCCUCACGCGAAGAACAUUGCAUACUUCGACUCCUCCUUUCACAAUACGCUACCUGACUACAUUUCUACGUAUCCCAUUGAUCAAGCAGUCGCGAAGAAGAACAAGCUCCGAAAGUACGGUUUCCACGGCAUCAGCUACUCUUUCAUCGUACAUGCCGUAUCUACCUACCUUAAGAAGCCCAUCAACCAAGUGAACAUCAUCGCCCUCCAUCUUGGCUCCGGAGCAUCUGCGACCUGCAUCAAAGGCGGCAAAUCACUAGACACAUCCAUGGGUUUAACUCCCUUGGCUGGUCUGCCUGGCGCCACACGCUCAGGUUCCAUCGAUCCAAGUCUGAUGUUCCACUUCACGCACCGCGCAGGGAAACCAAGCAGGAGCUCGAGUGAGAAGAUGCACAUCACAGAGGCCGAGGAGAUCUUGAACAAGAACAGCGGCUGGAAGAGUCUUACGGGUACCACUGAUUUUGGGAAGAUCAGCUCCUCUGAUCGCGAGGAGGACAAACUGGCUUUCAACAUUUUCGUUGAUCGCAUCUUGAAUUAUGUGGCGCCGUAUUUCACCAAGCUGGACGGCGAGGUCGAUGCUUUGGUUUUUGCUGGCGGGAUCGGAGAAAGGGGAGAUAAAUUGAGGAAGGCAGUUGUGCAAGGUGUCAAGUGUCUUGGUUUUGCGCUUGAUGACGAGAAGAACGGUACCUCGGUGAAGGAUGUUGUGACGGAUAUCAGUGCAAGCGGCACCAAGUACAAGAUAUUGGUGGUACAGACCGAUGAGCAGUUGGAAAUGGCGCGGGGCGUAUUAGAGGACAAGGAUCGGUUUGUUGGAAAAGUAUAG